AUGAAUUUUAAUACAAACUAUGAAAACAUAAAGGUAUACGGAUUCAAUGGCAAGGAGUCUAAAAUUUCCAGAUCUAUUAAUGCACGCAUAAGCUCUUUGGAUAAUACGUACACAAAGCAUUUGAACUUUCUAUGUGUAGACCACAUUAUGAAUAAUGUUCCGGCUCAAAAUAUGCCUAAAUUAUUCUUGCCCAUCGGGGAUGAUAGGUUAGCGGAUAUUAAUUACUUUAUAUCAGCUCCUAUUAAUCUGUUGCUAGGCGUCGAAUGCUUUUAUGAAUUUUUAAAAGGAGAUAGGCUAAAUUUGACUAAGGGAUUACUGCUUCAGAACACUGUUUUUGGUUGGAUGGUAACCGGUCAUACAAACACAAAAUCAAAUGACAAAGUGUCAUUAUGUUUAGAUAUUGAAAGAAGUCAAGAAUGUGAAACUAUUCAAGAUAACAAAAUUGAAAAAGAUAAUCAAAUUGAAUUGCUUUUUGAAAAAACUAGUUCGAGAACUAAUGAAGGUAGAUUUAUUGUUCAGCAUCAUUUCAAUGAAAACAUUAAAAAUUUAGGAAGCACGUAUACAACUGCUUUGAGAAGAUUUUUAGGAUUGGAGAAAAAAUUACAAGCAAAUAAUGAAUUGAAUACACAUUAUUCAGAGUUCAUGAUGGAGUACUUAAAUUUAAAACACAUGAGGUUGGCAUCGAAUCAAAAUGAUUUUAGUGGCUACUUUUUGCCACAUCAUGGGGUAUUGCGCCCUUCAGCUGAAUCAACUAAGCUAAGGGUGGUUUUUGAUGCAUCUUGCAUCUCAUCUAGUGGCCUAUCAUUAAAUAAUUGUUUGUCAUUAGGCCCAAAGUUGCAACAGGAUAUUUUUGAUAUUCUAAUCAGAUUUAGAAAAUAUAAAUAUGUAUUAACAGCAGACAUUAGAAUGAUGUACCGUCAAAUUUUAAUGAACGAAUUAGAUACCUGUUAUCAAAAGAUUUUAUGGCGUCCGAAUAGAAAUGAAAAGAUACAAAUUUUUGAAUUAUUAACGCUUACCUAUGGUACUGUGGAUGCUCCGUAUCUUGCAGUAAAAUGUUUACAAUCCCUUGCUAAUUUAAAUAAGAGGGAAUAUCCCUUAGAAAGCCAAAUUAUACUUUCUGAUUUUUAUAUGGACGAUUUAGUAACGGGAGCAAAUUCUUUGAAGCAAUUGGAAAAAAUAGCAAAUAACAUAAGGGGUAUACUAUCACAAGCAAAACUUGAAUUGCAUAAAUGGUAUUCUAACUCUUAUGAUAUAGUAAAAAACAUAUCACAAAUGAGUGUAGACGAUUUUAAUUCAAAAUGUAACUCAAAAGUACUAGGUGUAUCAUGGAAUGUCUUGCAUGAUUAUUUUGAAUUUCCGAAUUAUUAUUUUUGCAAUAUGAAUAACAUAACAAAGAGAAAAGUUUUAAGUGAGAUCUCAAUGAUAUAUGAUCCAAUGGGAUUAUUGGGUCCAAUAUCGUUUAAAGCUAAAUAUUUAAUGCAGCAAAUAUGGAAGUGUGAAUUAAACUGGGAUGAUAAUAUUCCAGUUGAAAUAUUAAAAACGUGGACUAUGCUUAAAUCUCAAUUUGGACUUUUAGAGAAUAUAAAGAUUAAUAGACCAUUUGAAAUGAAUGAGUCCGAAGUUGUUGAUUUAAUUGGAUUUUCGGAUGCAUCAACAAUGGGAUACGGUGCCUGUGUUUAUAUCAGAAUCAAGAGAGAGGAAAAUUAUGAAUUAAAGUUAGUAUGUUCCAAAUCUAGAAUUGCUCCAAUAAAGGGAUUAACGCUACCGCGAUUAGAACUAAAUGGAACUGUGUUGUUAGCUAAAUUAAUGAAACGGGUAGUAACUACUUUAAAACUAAAUCCCGACCCAAAGAUUACACUCUUUUCCGACAGUAUGAUUGCCUUAAGUUGGAUAAAAACUAAGGUAUUACGUAGAGAUAUUUACAUUAAUAAUAGGGUAAGUGAGAUUUUGAAUAUUUCCAAUCCUGAGCAUUGGUAUUACACAAAUACGAAAUCAAAUCCAGCUGAUUUCGUUAGUAGGGGCAUGUUCCCAAUCGACUUAGUUAAAAAUAAAAUGUGGUGGUAUGGUCCAGAUUUUUUGAAAGAUUUUUCAAAUUCUUGGAUUUUACAUAAUGAGAAAAGGUUUCAUAAUAGCAUAAUUGUCGCGGAAUCUAUCAAUAAAGAGCAUGAAAAAAUAGUUCAAGUAACAAACAUUCAAAUUUAUAGGGGGUACUUAACUGUAAAAGAAUUAAGACUCGCGGAAAUGAAGUUAAUAAAAUAUAUACAACAACAAUCAUUUUCAAAAGAAUUGAUUGAACUGGAAAAAGGACAAGAAGUAUCAAAUCGAUCCUCGUUACUCAGUUUAAAUCCUUUUUAUGAUCAGAAUAAAAUACUUAGAGUAGGAGGAAGAUUAAAAAAUUCUUUAUUAAAAGAAAAUAAUAAAUUUCCAAUCAUACUUCCAACUAAAAAUCACUUUGUAAACCUAAUUAUAUUAGAGAAACACAAGGAAUUGCAUCAUGGAUCAUAUCAAUUAUUGUUAUCUGAAUUGAGACAGAAAUAUUGGAUUCUUAACGGUGCGAAUUACAUAAAAAAUUUAAUUUCAAAAUGCGUAGAAUGUAGAAAAUUCAAGAUUAAAACUUAUAAUCAAAUUAUGGGCAAUUUACCAGAAGAUCGUGUUAGACCAAGUAGACCUUUUUCGGUUGCAGGCGUAGAUUAUGCAGGGCCGUUCAAUACCAAAUUUGGACCUUCAAGAUCCACUACGUCUUGUAAGUCAUAUAUUGUCUUAUUUAUUUGCUUCAGUACCAAGGCGAUACAUUUAGAAUUAGUUCAAAGUUUAAGCACUGAUGCCUUUUUUGCGGCGUUUAAAAGAUUUAUCGGUAGAAGGGGAUUGCCUUUAAAAAUAUAUUCAGACAAUGGAACUAAUUUUAUUGGAGCUAGAAAUGAACUGAAGGCUUUCUUAAAAAAAUAUACUGAAGAAGAAAAUGUCCUAAAUUUUAUGAAUGUAAACGAAAUAGAAUGGAAUUUAAUUCCGCCACGAAAUCCACAUUUCGGUGGAUUGUGGGAAGGAAAUAUUAGAUCCGUAAAAAUGUAUUUGAAAAAAAUGACAGGAUCUAUUUUGUUAUCAUAUGAGGAGUUUAACACAAUUAUUAUUGAAAUAGAAGCUUGUUUAAAUUCAAGGUCAAUUACGCCUAUUUCGAAUGAUCCCGAUGAAUUGAUGGUAUUGACGCCAGGCCAUUUCUUAAUAGGUGAUUCCUUAAGAACCAUAAAUAUACCUAACGUUGAUGAAAAUAUUAAAUACUCAGAACGAUGGAAGUUGUGCCAACAACAAGUUCGAAAAUUUUGGAGAAAUUGGCAGAAAGGAUAUUUAAAUUCAUUACAACAGAGAAUUAAAUGGAAAAAACCGAAGGUCAAUAUUGAAUUGAAUAAUAUAGUUAUUAUUAAAGAAGAUCAUUUGCCGCAGCAACAAUGGCUACUAGGUAGAUGGCAGUUGCAGCAACAGCACCAGCAGAACUCACAACAGCAACCGACUCAGCAGCAAUUCCAACAGAAUUUACAACAACGGCAGCAGCAGUCGCAACAUCAGCAAUCACAACGACAACCAGCUCACUUGGACGACGUCGCCGCAGAAAAAUUAUGA